CGCGAACUUUCAUGAUGGUUAUAUUCAAGGUUGGGUGGCCUCAUUCUGUUUCAGGUCACUUACCUCCGUUCAACAGAGCUCAUCCUUUCUGUCCAACUCCAAGUACAACUUCAACAACAUCAACUCUGUCUCACACUUCUGCAUCUGAGUUCCUUCCGUGCCACUUAUUGCCACAUCUUCGAUUACUGCUUUAUCCACCAGUCCAUACUCGAAAAAUCUUGCAAAAAUGGCUGAUACGCUCUUAGAACCCAUCGCAGUGAUAGGCUUUGGAUGCCGCUUCCCCGGGGGCGCCGACACUCCCUCCAAGCUCUGGUCGUUACUUCGUAACCCCGAGGAUCUGAGCAAGAAGCCUCCAGCAGACCGCUUCGACGUGGACGCUUUCUACCACCCGGUCGGUACCCAUCAUGGCACCACGAAUGCCACCCAGUCCUACUGGCUAGAAGACUCGGAGCGAAGCAACGUAGCUCAGUUCGAUGCCGGCUUUUUCAACAUCCAGCCGGCUGAGGUAGAAGCCAUGGACCCGCAACAGAGAAUCCUGAUGGAAGUUGUAUACGAUGGCCUCUGCGCCUCGGGCCAACCCAUGGAGAAGCUCCGUGGCUCCGACACGGCGGUAUACGUUGGGUUGAUGUGUGACGACUAUCAAUCGAUGCUUACAAGCGAUUGGGAAACCUUUCCUCGCUACACCGUAACAGGUGUGGAAAGGGGUAUCCUAGCAAACCGACUGUCGUACUUCUUCGACUGGCACGGACCCAGUAUGACUGUAGAUACGGCUUGCUCGAGCAGUAUGGUUGCCUUGGAUCAGGCUGUGCAAGUGCUCCGAAGCGGUAAAUCCAAGAUGGCGGUGGCGGCAGGCGCUAAUUUGAUUCUGACCCCUGUCAUGCAUAUAAACGAAGCCAGCCUCGGCAUGCUUUCCCCUAGCGGUCGUUGUGCCAUGUGGGAUACAUCUGCAGAUGGCUAUACCCGCGGUGAGGGCAUCGCGGCAGUGUUUGUUAAGACGCUAUCCCAAGCACUCGCGGACAACGACCCAAUCCAGUGCAUCCUUCGCGAGACCGGCGUCAACCAAGACGGUCGAACGCCCGGUCUCACCAUGCCUAGCAGCUCGGCGCAGGCACAGCUGAUCCGGGACUGUUACGCGAGAGUCGGCCUUGACCCUGUGAAUAAUCCUCAGGACAGGCCGCAGUUCUUUCAAGCCCAUGGCACCGGCACUCAGGCUGGCGAUCCGCAAGAGGCAAACGCGAUAUCAACAGCUUUCUUCCCUUCUGGCUCUCCAGUAGCUAACGGUGAGAACAAGAUGCUAGUCGGUUCAAUCAAGACAGUUAUCGGUCACACCGAAGGAACGGCCGGAGUAGCAAGUGUCAUUGCAACGUCGUUGGCGCUCAAGAACGGCAUCGUCCCUCCUAACCUCCACUUUCACAGUUUGAAUCCUAAAGUAGCGCCGUUCUUCGGAAACCUCGCUAUUCCUACUACUCCUGUAGCCUGGCCAACUGAAAAUGGCAAGGUUAAGAGGGCCAGCGUCAAUAGUUUCGGCUUCGGCGGCACGAACACCCACGCCAUCUUAGAAGAAUAUGUUCCAAUCCCCAAGGCCAGAGUCGAGGCAUCUUCAAGCCUCCAUUUCACACCGCUAACAUUCUCCGCCCAUUCCGAGGCAGCGCUCCGGAACAUGUUAUCGUGGCAUCUUGACUACCUAAGGGGGAAUCCAAAUGCGUCGCUCGCGGACGUCGCGUACACGUUACAGCAUCGGCGUUCCACGCUAACCUAUCGCAAAGCCGUUGCCGGCACGACCGUCCAGGGAGCGAUUAACUCCCUGGAGGACCUUGCUAGCGACAACGCAGCCGAUCUCAGCACCCGGUACAGCACACCCCAAAGAGCCAAGAUCCUAGGAGUUUUCACCGGCCAGGGAGCCCAGUGGCCGCGCAUGGGCGCCGAGCUCAUCGAAUCGUCUCCUUUCGCCGCAUCGCGCAUUAACGACCUAGACGCGUCUCUGCAAAGCCUGCCUAACCCGGAAGACCGACCGACCUGGACUCUCAAGGACCAGCUGCUCGCCGGAAAGCAGACGUCGCGCAUCGCAGAAGCCGCGCUCUCCCAGCCACUAUGCACAGCUGUACAAGUAAUACUAGUCGACAUCCUGCGCGAGGCUGGCAUUUCCUUCACGGCCGUCGUCGGCCAUUCAUCCGGCGAAAUCGGCGCCGCCUACGCGUCCGGCCUAGUCACCGCCGAGGACGCCAUCCGCAUCGCGUACUUCCGCGGCGUCCACGCGAAGCUCGCCUCGAGCCCCAACCCGCAUCGCCCUCGGGGUGCUAUGAUAGCCGUAGGUACUUCGGAAGACGAAGCUCGUCUCGUAUGCGCCGCGGACUUCGCAGGUCGGCUGCAGGUUGCGGCCGUGAACUCGAGUUCCAGUAUUACGUUAAGCGGCGACGAGGACGCCGUCGACGAAGCCGAGAAGUUUUUCAAGUCCCGAAAUACGUUUGCGCGGAAGCUGAAGGUUGAUACGGCUUACCACAGCGCACACAUGAAUACUUCUGCCGGCCCGUAUCUUGCCUCCCUGCAAAGCGCCGGGUUCACGGCUCCCAAGGACGAUGUCCACGGUACUACCUGGUUUUCUAGUGUGCGUGAGGGUGAAGUCAUGACGCAAGAAAAACUUUCUGCGCAAUAUUGGGCGGACAAUAUGUGCAACGCCGUUCUGUUUGCUGGGGCCCUUGCGCAGGCUACGCAAGUAGUUGGAGAUUUCGACCUUGCUAUCGAAGUUGGCCCUCACCCCGCUCUUAAAGGACCUGCUAUGGCCACAAUCGGCAACAUCCCUUACACCGGAUUGCUCUCCAGAGGCCAGAAUGACAUCGAGCAGCUAAGUGCAGGGUUAGGCUACGUCUGGACUCAGCUCGGUUUCGACAGCGUGCAAUUCUCUGAUGUCCAAACCCUUCUAUCCGGCAACGAAAAUAAGACCGUUAUUGAUGACCUCCCACCUUACCCAUUCGAGCACCACCGGGCAUACUGGACGGAGAGUCGGGUCGCCAACCACUUCAAGAAUCGCAAGAUCUCCCAUGCUCCCAACCCCGUUCUAGGGACGCGCUGUGCAGAAGCGAACACUCCCGGCGAGAUUUCGUGGCGCAAUGUCCUGCGGCAGAAGGAAAUCGGUUGGCUUAAAGGCCACAUGCUACAGGGACAAACGGUAUUUCCCGCUACGGGCUAUGUUAGCAUGGCGACUGAAGCCAUUAAAGCUGUUGCCCUUGAUAACAGACCCGAUACCCCGAUCGGCGUCUUGAAACUGAACGAUGUAGAGAUUGGUCGAGCCAUCACUUUCGACGAUGACGACUCCAGCGUCGAGACCAUUUUCAGCGUCUCUUCGGUCGAUACGACAGAGGCGGCGAUAUCCGCCGAAUGGGCUUGUUAUUCAGUUCUUUCUGGUAACACCGUUUUAAACGCCAAAGGGCGAGUUCUAUGCCAAUUUUCUACACCCGAGCCAGACAAAAUUCCUCUCACCAAGGCCAAUGAUAUCUAUGACUUGGUCGAAAUUGACGGGAAGCAUUUCUAUGAUAACCUCUCUGGCGUUGGAUACGGAUACUCGCCGCCAUUCCAAGGACUGUCGGACCUCCGCCGCAAACUCGGCUACGGUGUAGGCACCCUAUCCGACCAAUCCGGGUCGGCGUGGGAGGAUAAUCUUGUCCUUCACCCCGGAACGCUAGAUUCGGCUUUGCAGACAGUCUUUGCGGCUUGGGCCUAUCCAGGUGACCCGCAGAUUUGGUCACUUCAUGUCCCUGUUUCCAUCGCCGCUAUCAUCAUCAACCCGUACUACACUCCACUAGGCGACGGUGGUAAACAGGGAACUAUGCAGUUCGAGACGUACAUUCGAAGCAAGGACCGUUCAAAGAUCGUAGGAGACAUCUAUUUGAAUGCCGACGAUGGCUCACACGCGUUCUUGCAGAUGGAGGGCGCAACAAUGGUACCAUUCAGCCCGGCCAGCUCCAAGGAUGACUUGCCCAUGUUCUCUAACUUCCAGUAUACUGUUGCCUCGCCUGACGGAGAACUUUCGACAGCGGGAGAGAGGUUAACACCUUAUGAGGUUCAAGUCUACAAAGAUGUUGAUCGCAUUUCUUACUGGUACGCUCGCAAUAUCUCGAAGGCCAUUCCCGCCAAGGAGCGUCAGGGCCUCCUCCCACACUAUCAGCAUUAUUUGGAAUGGUGUGACCGCAUGGUAGGCAUGGUUAGCCGCGGCGAGCUUCCCAAGGUGUCUGCCGUAUGCAAUGCGGAUACCUACGAGGAUAUCACUCGCCUCUUAGCCCAAUACCAGGAUCGUCUAGAUAUCCGUUUCGUUCAAGCAGUCGGCGAUAACUUGGAGCAUGUUAUUCGCGAAGGGACUUCGAUGCUAGAAUACAUGAACAAGGAUGACAUGCUCCGCGCGUUCUACGAGGAGAAUGCUCUCUGUGCCGGACCUACAACCCGCUGGCUGGCUCGUAUCCUCAGCCAAAUCUCCUCCCGUUAUCCAGGAAUUAACAUCCUCGAAGUUGGAGCUGGCACUGGAGCUACUACUUCUGCGAUCUUAGGUUCUAUCGGCGACGCCUAUGCCUCUUACACAUUUACGGAUAUUUCCAGUGGCUUUUUCAUGGCCGCCGAAGAGCGGUUCGGAAAACAGACAAACCGCAUGGUGUUCAAGACGUUCAAUAUGGAAAAAGAGCCGGCGGAGCAAGGAUACGUCGAGGGAGAAUACGACGUCGUUGUGGCUGUCAAUGUGCUGCACGUUUCAGUCGAUAUGGAAAAUACUUUGGCCAACGUUCGUCGGCUCUUGAAACCCGGUGGAUUCUUGGUCGUUGGCGAGCUCACCUCUACCGAUUUGCUAUUCACUGGCGUGACAGUCGGGACCCUACCUGGCUGGUGGAUUGGGGCCGAAACAGGUCGUACUUGGGGUCCGUUGCUUAAUCUAAACCAGUGGGAUUCCACGUUGAAGAAUACUGGGUUUGCAGGAAUUGACACGGUCACGCCGGACAUCAGCGCGUCGCUACCCUUCAGCGUCUUCGUUGCCCAGGCGGUAGACGACAAGAUUUCAAUGUUACGUAAUCCUCUAGCUGUCGAAAAGCAUCCUGAGGGUAUAAACACCGAUAAUCUUGCCAUUAUCGGGGGAAGCACGUACUCCGUCAACAAACUUGGCCGAGACAUCAGCGACAUUCUUUCAUACCGCUUUCGCAACAAGCAUUUCUUCAACACCAUCCAAGAGUUCGCCUCUUCCGCAAUGGCCAAUGCAGCAGCAAUUACCGUCCUCUCCCUCACAGACCUAGAUGAGCCCUACCUGAAGAACCUCACAAAGGCCAAAUUUGAAGGAUUAAAGACGUUAUUCGCUGCUGCGGGCACCUUGGUCUGGCUGACACAGGGCUCGCGAGAGGAUAAUCCAUACCAAUACAUGAUGACAGGUCUCAUCAACACAAUUAAGACGGAGUAUCCCACCAUGACAGCUCAGACUUAUGACCUAGACCCAAACACUGGUAUCGAGCACAGCACAGCCGAUGACCUGGCGCAGAUGUUACUGAGGCAGCUUGCUCUUCGCCGCUGGGGUGACGACAACGACCUAAUGUGGUCUACAGAGUCCCAAGUCUUCGUCAGUGAGGGCAAGCAACUUAUUACGAGACUCAGACCCGACACGCAGAAGAACGAGCGAUAUAACGCUCGAAGGAGGGACGUCCUUACGGCAGUCAACCCUACCAGGGAGGCUCUUGAACUCGUAGGAACUGGACAGGACCAAGACCAGGCUUUAGAAUUACGAAAGGUAUCCCCCUUAGCCCACAACCAAAUACCGGUGACACAAUACCGCACCGUCAGAAUCACCCAUUCACUACUCCAAAGCGUUGCUGUCGGCACUGCCGGCUUCUUCAGGUUGUGCGUAGGAGUCGACGUCCAGAAUGGCGACGUGGUUCUUGCUCUAUCCAGUUCCAAUAGGUCCCCUGCGAACAUCCCAGCGCAUAACUGCAUCGCACUCCCUGAAAUACCAGCAGUUUCAACACUCGCAUCAGUUGCUGCGAACCUCGUUGCCGAGCAAAUCUUGUCGCUCACUCCUAAAGGGGCCACUCUGCUUGUUAAUGAAGCAGACUCGGCAGUGCAAUUCGCAUUACAAGCCAAGGCAAAUUUCAAGAAUAUCAAGACGAUAUUCACAACCGCCACAUUAGGACAAGAGAAGAACAGUCACUCGAUCUUUCUCCACCCUCACUUCCCGCAGCACGUUAUCCGAUCAUUAGUCCCAACGUCAACCGCCGUCUUCAUUCAUUUCUCUCGCGGCACUCAAUCGGAUGCCGUCAGGGACGUACUUGUGGACUAUUUGCCUCCAGCGUGUGUUAGAAUUUCCGAGGAAGCCUUAAUAGGCCGUGAGGCCAAAUCAUUCUCCGAGACCAACUUGGCCCAGCCCCUGAAGAAAGCAUGGGACGGAGUUCGCGUAUCGAGUUCAAAUACGGUCGAGCCCAUUUCACUUGAAAAUAUAUCCAAUCACGCAGCCGUCGGAGAGGCGUUGACAGUUUUAGAUUGGACUGCUAAGCACCCUGUGACUGCUAAGGUACAAGCAAUUGACUCAGGGACUUUAUUCCGUGCCGAUAGGACAUACCUCUUCGUAGGCAUGGCAGGUGAGCUUGGGCAAUCGCUUGCGAGGUGGAUGAUAGAGCACGGAGCUCGUUACGUGGUCCUCACAAGUCGUACACCAAAGGUAAACGUAAGAUUCGUUGAAGAUAUGGAGAAACAACACGGUGCUGUUGUCAAGAGCGUAUCACUUGACAUCACCUCACCCGAAUCCCUUCGCUCCGUCCACAAGACCAUCACAGCCACGCUUCCACCCGUUGGUGGUCUCAUGCACGGCGCCAUGAUCCUGGACGACGAAAUCUUGCGCAACAUGACGCAUGAACAGUUCGUCCGCGUAGCCAAGCCAAAGGUACUAGGCGCGCAGCUCCUCGACGAGCUAUUCUACGACGAUACCUCGCUUGAAUUUUUCAUCUGUUGUUCCAGCAUUUCGUCCGUCAUCGGAUGGAGUGGCCAGAGCAAUUAUGCGUCCGCCAACGAUUACAUGAGCUCCCUCAUGUGCAACCGACGUAAGCGUGGAGUUCCCGGAUCUACCAUCAGCAUUCCCGCCGUCCUUGGCGUGGGAUACGCAGCGCACUCUGACACCUUCGAUUUCGACUAUAUAAAGUCGAUCGGCUAUAUCAACAUCGGCGAGGAAGACCUACACACUCUCUUCGCGGAGGCCGUUCUCUCGGGUCGCCCCGGACAGUCUUCCGAGGUGAAAGCACAAGUUGCCAUGGGCGUCAACUACGUCCCUGCGGAUCUAAAUGUCAGAGAGGCGCACAAGCGUGAUGUCCGAUUCAGCCACUUCGUCCUACACGAGGACACCAACGGCGGCGCCAAGACGCAGGGAGGCAAGGCCGGUGUGCGCGUCAAGGUGCAGCUACAGGACGCCAAGAGUGAAGAUGAGGUGUACGCAAUCAGCCGCGACGCAUUCCUAUCGCAUCUCAAGCGCAUGCUCCGCAUCCCCGAGGAAGAGAAAGUUGCCGAUUCGCUCACCCUUAUGGAGCAGGGCGUGGACUCGCUAGUAGCUGUCGACAUCCGCUCUUGGUUCCUUAAAGAAUUAGAGGUCGAUGUACCUACGCUCAAGAUAUUGGGAGGUGGCACUAUUGCCGACUUAGUCAAGACAGCACUCGAUAAGAUGCCCAGCUUGCAGCCAGAGAAGGCCGUUUCAGCAUCGAAAGAGGCUCCAACACCGGCAGCUGCUAAGAUGGAGACACCAGAACAGACGACAAGCUCCUCGCCAAAUACAACAGGUAGUCCCAUUCUGUCGCCUGAGCAGCCUAGCUCUUCCGGUACUCCUUCUGAGCCCGACUCGGAAUUAACGUCUCCGCCCACCAUUGAUGUCAUGGACAAGAUUGGCACCGUUGUUACCGUGACGGAGGUAGAAGUUAGCGACGUUGAAUCUUGAUUUAAUGAAAUAUCACUUAAAUUUUUUCUUAAAACCUCUUAUAAUCUAAUUUGAUAUUUGGGAUCCAAGGGAAUAUUACUGGUUAUGUAGGGGUUGUGGGAUGUUCAUCCAAAUGUACGAGUGGGAUUGGUGUUGUUAUUUCUUUGCAAUGUCAUAUUUCUUAUAGGAGAUCGCACAAUAAGCAUGAAAAUUCUCUUCAAAAGUCAUCGACGAUGGGGAAAGCUUCCUUCAUGAUUGAAUGGUGAUCAUAAAAAGGGAGCAGACAAUAAUGUUGUAGAAGAGAAAAUCUGAGCUCCAAGCUCCAAGAGAUUAAGUCAUUACCUAUCUACCACCACCCCGCUACGAGAAGAAUCAGGGGUCAGGGGGUCAAGGGGUCAGCCAUUAAAGUAGUAUAUGCA